CCGGCAGCGCUGAGCCCGCCGGGAGCCGCGGAAACUCUUCCGGGCCGGCGCUUCCCGGGCGGGCCGGGCUGAGGGGCGGCUGCGGCGGCGGGGUGACGUCCACGUCUGUGUGUGGAGUGGCUGUGCUGGCCCCUGUACCAUGCUGACCCCUGUGCCGUGCUGACCCCCAGGUGAUGCCAGCCCCUGUGCCGUGCUGACUCCCAGGUGAUGCUGGCCCCUGUACCAUGCUGGCCCCUGUGCCGUGCUGACCCCUAGGUGAUGCUGACCCCCAGGUGAUGCUGACCCCUGUGCUGUGCUGACCCCCAGGUGAUGCCAGCCCCUGUACCAUGCUGAUCCCUGUACCAUGCUGACCCCCAGGUGAUGCCAGCCCCUGUGCCGUGCUGACCCCCAGGUGAUGCCAGCCCCUGCCCCGCAGUCCUGGCCCGCUGAGGCGUGACGGCGGCACCACGGCGGGGCUGGCCCGGCCCACGCGCUGCAGGGUGGUCAUCUACCUCCAGAAGGACAUGUCUGGGGACACGUGCCUGGGCAGUGCCCUGUGCCCGGCCGCGGGCCACAAGCCCAGGGCCAGCGGGCUCAAGGGGGGCAGCCUGGGGAACAAGUACGUGCGGCUCAACGUCGGCGGCUCGCUGUACUACACCACGGUGCAGGUGCUCACCAGGCACGACACCAUGCUCAAGGCCAUGUUCAGCGGCAGGAUGGAGGUGCUCACCGACAAGGAAGGCUGGAUCCUUAUAGACCGUUGUGGGAAGCACUUUGGAACAAUUCUAAACUAUCUCAGAGAUGACACGAUUGCACUUCCAAAACACAGGCAGGAGAUCAAGGCAUUGAUGGCAGAAGCCAAAUACUAUCUCAUCCAGGGCUUGGUGGACAUGUGCCAAGCAGCCCUGCAGGACAAAAAAGACUUGUAUGAACCUGUCUGCAGCAUCCCUAUUAUCACCUCCCCAAAAGAAGAGGAGAGACUGAUAGAGUCAUCAAUGAAACCUGUUGUUAAACUGCUGUAUAAUAGAAGCAACAAUAAAUAUUCCUAUACCAGUAACUCUGAUGACAACCUGCUGAAGAACAUCGAGCUGUUUGACAAGCUGUCGCUGCGCUUCAACGGCAGAGUGCUGUUCAUCAAGGACGUGAUCGGGGACGAGAUCUGCUGCUGGUCCUUCUACGGGCAGGGCCGCAAGCUGGCCGAGGUGUGCUGCACCUCCAUCGUCUACGCCACGGAGAAGAAGCAAACCAAGGUUGAGUUCCCCGAGGCCCGGAUUUAUGAGGAAACACUGAAUGUGUUGCUGUACGAGACACCCCGAGUCCCAGACAACUCCCUGCUGGAGGCCACGAGCCGCAGCCGCAGCCAGGCCUCGCACAGCGAGGACGACGAGGGCUUCGAGCUGCGCGACCGCGUGCGCCGCAUCCACGUCAAGAGGUACAGCACCUACGACGACCGCCAGCUCGGCCACUAGCCUGCGCUGCACUCGGCCGCUGGGCUGGCCCUGCAGCUCAGCUCGGCCUCUGUGCUGUCCCUGCAGCUCAGCCACUGGCCUGUCCCUGCAGCUCAGCUCACCUCCACGUCCUUGCACAGCAGGGAGGGAUCCCUGCACUCUGCCCAUCCAUCUUCACCAGGCACCUUGGCUCCCCCGAGAAGCAAACAGGGAUUUGUGUGCACAAAGCUGCACUAAAGGUGUGGAGAACUGAGCUGUGCACCUUGUGCUUUACCUGCAGUCUGACCCCUCUUCCUGCUGAGGAGGGAGGAUUUGGAACACUGGUUCUCAGUUUGUGGUUGCUCUUUCCUAUGUAAUCAUUUGCCAGUUCCCCCCUUGCUAUGAGCAGCGCUGCUCUUCCUGACUGAGGUGGUGUGGAUUGAAAAGCUCUUUCCAGACUGCUCCCCUUUCAGGGCUUUGUAUAAUGGAACUUCCAGUUACUAAAUCAAAAGACUGAAGAGAGAACUGGAAUGUGGCUGCUCUUGGCAGACACUACAGGGGAUAACCCCCAGAGGAACACUGAGCUGGCCAGUCAGCUGCACCUGUGCUCUCCCACCCCUGUCCCCAGAACCUGCAAAGGUUUGUGUUCCAGGAGAGUGGCUUUAAAACUCAUUGAUUCCCAGGCAAGCUCUUCCAAAGUGGUGAGAAUCGAGUCAUCAGCCUUCCCAUGUGAAAUAUGGAAACCUCUGAUGUAAUGACUUGUCCUGGGAGAGGGGCAAUAGUUUUGGUGAAGCAAGAAGCCUGAAGUGAGCAAACCUGAGCAGAUUGUGGCAGUGUUGCCCUGUUGAAGCUUGUCACAGUGAAAUCCUGUUUAUAUAAACAAGGGCAAUCUGGAGAAUUGGUUUUACAUUAGUUUCCUCCCAUGGCCUAGAAAUGCUAUUCACUGUUAAAUUUCUCAAGCAGCAGGGGAAAGAUAUCAGUAGCUGGAGAAAUACAGGCCAAACAGUGUUUUCUAAAGCUAGAACAUGUGAAUUCAAGUUCUGUGUCCUGAAUUCCCUCUAGAGUGUAGAAGUUGAAGAAGAGAAACAAUUGUGAAAUUAUAGUUCUAGCAUGGAACUGCAAGAGGCUUUGGGCACAGGAGAUAGGUUGCUUAAGCUGGAUUUUAAACUGAAAUAAUCACUUUUAUUUCGAGUGUUUGGCUGGGUGCUGAUUGUACAGGGCACUUCAAGAGGUGGGAGUCAAGUCUGCUCUGCAAAUGGAAAUUUCUGAAAAAUUUCUGGAAACGGUUUCAAGUUGCGUAUGAAAAGCCAUUAUUGUAUUUUUAAACAUUUGCUUGUACGUUUGGGCUGUAGGUAGCAGCUUUGCCACUGUCAUCCAUGGUUGUUCCUGCUGGCUGCCCUCUGGGAGCCAGGGAUAUGUUGGAUGUGUUCCACAGCUGCCUUUGUGUUCCCGUGUCAUACUCAUGUCACAAAGCUCCAGAUUCCACAAUGGCCAGUCCUGAACUGCUUUGGCCAGUGCCAAACCUACCUGCAAGAUUUAUAGAAAAUUACUGCAAAAACCUGACAAGAAAAUAAUCUCAAAUUAAUGCAAGGAGAUCAUAAGGAGAAUUGAAAUGUAGGUGGUUUGGGCGUAAUAGAAGCAGGAGAGGGAACAAAAAAUUAUUUGCACUCAUUUAGGUUUUUGAAAAGGAAAUAGUGGGUUGGUAAGAAAACACUAACAGACUUUGGGGAUCUUCUUGCCUGUACGCGUGGCAGGAUUCACUUCAUUCUCCUCACAUUCAGGAAGCAGCAUUGCACAGGGAUGCACCUGCCUUCUUGUGAAAGGCCUCUUGAAGUCUCUAAUAAUCCUAACAACCUCUUUUAUACUGCUUUCUCUGAGUUUUUGUUUUCCAGCUGGUUAUUCUGUUGUGCCAGGGAAAAUACAGCUGUUGAGAUUAGUUUCAACAUGAGUUUUGUGGUAUUUCUCUCUAAUUCUGCUAGAGUGUGAUGUGGGUUUUUAAAAUUUUUUUCCCUCCUCUGAUGCUAUUUAAUUUGAAGGCACCAGCAGAGGCUGCAGUGAUGGGGUCUUUGUGCUGCAUUUAAUAGUUUCAAGUUAUUAUCUUGUGCUUUUUCUGUCUUGUAACAAAAGCUGAUGCCAUUUAGAAAACACAUGUGGCACUUCUGUUUCUUGGCAAAUGAUUUAUAUUAUUUUUUUCUUGUUACUAUUGUAGUUAAUGUUAACAGAGUAAGUGAUGCUGAUAGCCUUGCAAAACUGCACUUAAAUGAAGUUAUAAGCAGAAAAAUGUCAUCUUUGCAUUUAUUUUUCUGGGGAGGACAGGUAUGGGAAGGAGUGUGUGAAAGAGAAUGUCAGAUGUGCUACUCCAGAGGCUUUCUGUACUCACAGGUUUGAUUAAUGAAAUGAAUCCAACUUAUGAAUUAUUACACUGAAAGAAGCAGAGAAAAGCUGGUGUUUUGGUUUUGUUUUCCUUUCCCUAUUUCCCACAGCACCAAGACAACAGCCCCUGUUAACCUUCACCUUGACAUUCUGUUCUUUGAGCAAAAGGAGACAUUUACCCUGCUGAAAUGUUCCACUCCAGUCACUUUCAUCUUUUGCCCUUCUUGUUUAGAACAGAAAAUCAGUGAUGGACAAGGAGGGUGAUGGAGGGGCCGUGCUGUCACUGAAUGGGCAUUGCUUGCUGUGGUUUUGUUCUCGAGGUUUUUCAUUUCCAGACAGAAUUCUCUCCAGGCAGUACUGGAUGAGUCUGCCCAGCAGCCCCUGCCUUACACAAUCAGGAUGUUCUGUGACAAUCCUUACAUUCAGUGCUCACAGCCACCUUCCCCUGUGCUGUGGGAGAGCUCAGGUGUGCCUGGCAGGUGAGUCCUGCUGUCCCUCCCUAGGGACACACGGCAGGCUCUGUUUUGUGUCACUGUCACUUCUCAUCCAAUGGAACCAUAGUAAGACCCUCCCCUACCUCACAGGGUGGCUGACACUUAAUUUGUUUAUUGAGAGUAAAGGAUUCUUUUGGAUUUCUAUGACAUUUUAUAUCCAGAGGAUAGCAAAUAUGAUUGCUGAUCUUGUUUAAACUGAUAUUCUGUGAUCAAGUUAUUUUCUUAGAGAUUCAAAUCUUAGAGAUUUGUUUUAUUUUCAUGUCUAACUUUUAAGGGUCAGUUUUACAGACAAAGUAUCUAGUGAAUGCAUUAAUUAGUCAAUUAUCUGUUGAUUAAAGUGUUUCAUCAGUGCAUUAAAUGGAAAUAGAACACUAAUUUUUAAUAAAGUGUUAUAUUUUGUCUUCUGUGA